ACGUGGAGAUUCAAUAAAACUUGCCGCGAUUAUUUGGUUUUAGCGGCGCGUUCUAUCAAACCGCCACCUCAUUGCAAUCUACCCUCGCGCCGAAGCCGCCGGCCGCCUUUCUCCGCCAUUAUCACCAAACUCCGAAAUAUAACAAAGCUCCCAUCUCCAUGUCUCUCUCUGUUUCCUUCCUUAAUUCUUCUCUCCCCCUCUCCCGUCCCCCUCCUCAUGCCCUCUCUCCCCCUCCUCCCUCUUCCAUGUCUCUCCUCCGCCGCUUGACGCCCGGACAUCUCAGAUUCAACCUCCGACAUCACGCCGGCCGAUUCGCUACCGCCGCUGCCGCUGCCGUACGCCAAGACACCGCUGCUUGGACACAAGCUCCUCUCACCGAAGUCGAGCCUGCCGCUGAAUCUCUCUUUCACGUUUCCGUAGACGUGUCGGACGCGCCGGACCUCGCUGCUUCUCACACGCGUGCUGGUCAGUACCUGCAGCUUCGUGUCCCCGACGUGGAGAAACCGACGUUUCUUGCUAUUGCGUCUCCUCCGCUACUUGCCUCUGCGGAAGGCGUGUUCCAGUUUUUGGUGAAAAGCGUGGAGGGCUCAAUCGCUGAGCUUCUCUGUGGAUUGAAGAAAGGAGAUGUCGUGCAACUUAGUCAGGUCAUGGGGAAGGGAUUCGAUGUCGAUCAAAUCGCGCCGCCUCAAGAUUACCCUAGCGUUUUCAUUUUUGCUACUGGAUCUGGAAUCAGUCCAAUACGAUCACUAAUUGAGUCUGGCUUCGGUGCUAGUAAGAGAUCUGAUGUGAGGCUAUAUUAUGGGGCAAGAAACCUCAAAAGAAUGGCUUAUCAGGAUAGAUUUGAUGAGUGGGAAUCUUCUGGUGUUAAGGUUGUGCCAGUAUUGUCACAACCUGAGAGUGAUUGGACCGGUGAAAGUGGCUAUGUCCAGGCUGCCUUCAGUAAUUCGAAGAAAGCUUUUGACCCUCUAUCGACAGGUGCUAUACUCUGUGGUCAGAAACAGAUGACUGAGGAUGUUACGUCAAUUCUUGUAGCAGACGGAGUCUCUAGUGAGAAGAUACUAAAGAAUUUUUGAACAAACAGAAAGAGAAUAGUAUUGUUGUAUCAUCAAUUUGGUCAGAGAUGUUUAUAAUCAUUUUUUCAUCCUACUGCUGAGGGUAAGCACCUCAGCUCGGACAAACAAUAAAUGUAUUAUGGAGACUAGAAAACAUUAUUUAUGUCCAAAUUUUUCAGGACUGUCGCGGCUAAGUUAUAGGACUCUUACCUCCCAUCUGUUCUAUUCUGGAGGACUGGUUCUCUUGUACGGUUAGAAAUUCCUUGGAACUGUAUAAUUGGCAAUUCAAAAUUUCUAUUUUUGAUGAAAA